GCUGGUAUUGUGGAAGGGAUACAGGAGGUGCUGAAGCAGGCACUGAUGCUGGUGCAAGCUCCUUCCUGCUGAAAGUGUGGCCAGACUGAGCUGGUGGUGAAACAAGUAUGAGACAUGGGAAUGAUUCCCUUUACCUUAAUGGAGUGUUACACCUUAACAGUAUGCAAGUGUUGAGAAAGAUGGCGAGCAUUACAUGACCCCAGAAGAUUUUGUGCAGAAAUACCUAGGACUUCAUACAGAUCCACGUCACAAUCCUAAAACAGUGCAGCUGUUGGCUGGAGUGGCAGAUCAGACCAAGGAUGGGUUAAUUUCGUUUCAAGAAUUUUUGGCAUUUGAAUCUGUUUUGUGUACUCCAGAUGCAAUAUUCAUUGUUGCUUUUCAGUUAUUUGACAGGAAUGGCAAUGGAGAAAUAACAUUUGCAAAUGUCAAAGAAAUAUUUGAACAAACUCUUACUCAUCUUCAUAUCCCCUUCAACUGGGACUGUGAGUUCAUUCGACUGCAUUUUGGACAUAACAGGAAGAAGCAUCUUAACUAUUCAGAGUUCACUCAGUUUCUUCAGGAGCUGCAGUCAGAACAUGCAAGACAAGCCUUUGCUCUGAAGGACAAAAACAAAACUGGUCUGAUAACUGGGCUGGACUUCAAUGAGAUCAUGGUUACCAUUCGCUCACAUAUGCUAACUCCAUUUGUGGAAGAAAAUUUAGUUUCAGUAGCUGGUGGAACUGUUUCACAUCAGGUCAGCUUCUCCUUUUUCAAUGCAUUUAAUGCCCUUUUGAAUAACAUGGAUCUUGUUAGGAAGAUAUACAGUAAUAUAGCAGGUACAAGAAGAGAUAUUGAAGUCACCAAAGAGGAAUUUACCCACUCUGCAAUCCACUUUGGACAAGUUACACCACUGGAAAUAGAUAUUCUCUACCAACUUACAGAUUUAUACAGUGUUACUGGGCGCUUAACUUUGGCAGAUAUUGAGAGAAUAGCACCACUGGCUGAAGGUGCAUUACCUUACAACCUGGCAGAACUCCAGAGGCAGCAAUCUUUUGGACAAGUAGGCAGACCUAUUUGGCUCCAGGCAGCUGAGUCAGCUUACAGGUUCACUUUGGGCUCAAUUGCUGGGGCUGUUGGUGCUACUGCAGUGUAUCCCAUAGACCUGGUGAAAACUCGUAUGCAGAAUCAGCGCUCCACGGGUUCAGUCGUAGGAGAGUUGAUGUAUAAAAACAGCUUUGACUGCUUUAAAAAGGUUUUGCGUUUUGAAGGCUUUUUUGGUCUUUACAGAGGCUUGUUACCACAGCUGAUAGGUGUUGCUCCAGAAAAGGCUAUUAAGCUAACUGUUAAUGACUUUGUCAGAGACAAAUUUACUACAAAAGAUGGUUCCAUUCCACUCCCUGCAGAGGUCCUUGCUGGAGGCUGUGCAGGAGCUUCCCAGGUCAUCUUCACUAAUCCUCUGGAAAUUGUAAAGAUUCGGUUGCAGGUAGCAGGAGAAAUUACUACAGGACCCAGAGUCAGUGCCCUCUCUGUUAUAAAAGAUCUGGGCUUUCUUGGUCUUUAUAAGGGUGCCAAAGCGUGUUUCCUCAGAGACAUUCCCUUUUCUGCAAUCUACUUUCCGGUUUAUGCUCAUAGUAAACUGAUGUUUGCUGAUGAAAGUGGCCAUGUGGGAGGGCUUAAUCUCCUUGCAGCUGGAGCCAUUGCAGGUGUGCCUGCUGCUUCUUUGGUGACCCCUGCUGAUGUCAUCAAGACAAGACUGCAAGUGGCAGCUCGCGCUGGUCAGACAACGUACAGUGGAGUUAUCGACUGCUUUAGGAAGAUUCUGAGGGAAGAAGGCCCUGCAGCUUUGUGGAAGGGAGCCGGAGCUCGUGUGUUCAGAUCUUCACCCCAGUUUGGUGUUACUUUGGUCACUUAUGAACUUCUGCAGAGAUGGUUUUAUGUUGAUUUUGGAGGCCUCAAACCUGCUGGAUCAGAAGCUGCCCCAAAAACUCGAAUUUCAGAUCUUCCUCCUGUAAACCCUGCACAUAUAGGUGGAUAUAGACUUGCUACAGCUACAUUUGCUGGUAUAGAAAAUAAAUUUGGGUUAUAUCUUCCAAAGUUUCGAGCUCCUGGCAUCACCUCAGUUCAAGCAAAAAGUAGCAGCUGAAUCCUGAAAAGAUGUUUCAACCUAACGAAGUGAUGCGGUGGAAAGCGUUCCCCAGAGUACUACUGUAUUUUCCCAGUCAGCUGCAUGUGUUCUAGCUGAACUGAGCUUGCAAAUCCCAUUGCUCCUUUCUAAUAUUCAUACAUCCCUGCAUUUAUUUAUUUACACACAAGGAACUGAUUGAAGCUGUGGUUCUAUGCCUUGUUUUAACCGGUGGCAUGAAGCUGUAGCCUAGACUUUGCCUUGCACAGCUUGCAUUUAAUGUUACUGUACAUAUUGUACAUCUUUGUACAGAGACAUCAGGGCAUCUAUACACGUACAUUUAUAUAAUGGGUAUUGCAGUUCAAAAUAGUUUGAAAUGUACAGAUGUUUUGAAGGCGUUUUGUUAACAAUCGUGACAAUAAAAUGUUUAAAAACAC